AUGGGAGAUGCACUUGACAAUGGAGUUGAAAUUCCCGAGCUAGUUGCUGAUGUAGGCGACCCAUUGCCAGUAACUGGAUACGGCGUUGUCAUGUUUGAAAGAGGAAACGGUGCUGAAGACGAGAGACCUCCAGGGAAUGGGACAUUUGAAGCUCCAGGACUGCUGGUAGAUGGCAGGCCGCUCAAAGGUCCAGUACCAAGAGGCGCAUUACUGCUCGAGAAGGCACUUGUAGCACCAGGAAGUGUCAUGGUGGAGUUUGGGAAGGGAUAUGGCCCUGAUGAGUUACCCGGUGUCAUUGAGCUCAGAGGUACAGCAGAAGCACCAGUACCAGGAGCUGUAGAGCCACUCGUGGGGCCUGCUGCUGAGGUUGUUGCACCACUUAUCACGGACGGUCCGGUUCCCAGAGGAGCCGUACUUGCGCCGGAUCCAGACACAAGGGUUGUGCUAUUUGGCAAGGGCACUGAGCUUGACACAGGCGAUGUGGAACCGGAAGAAACUGCUCCUGGUGACAGGGUGCUUGUUCCGGUAGACGGCACAGUACUGUUUGUGAGUGGGAAAGGAACCGAUGGGAAGCCAGGAGUAGAGGUCGGCAGCGCCGAGCCGAUUGGGCCUCCAGUUCCUGCAGACCCCGGCAACAUCGAAGAGCCUGAACCCAAACCGGCUCCUGUGGAACUGGGGAUAAUUUCAGAUGAGUUGGAUAUCGGAAUCGGUACUGAAAGAGAUGACUCUUGGGAAGUGACUGAUCCCGUUGUGCUUGACCCAGUUGGACCUGUAAGAGGUGCAGACAAGUUUGUGACAGGAAAAGGGGCGGAUGAUGAUCCUGAUGGUAAGAUGCUCCCGGAUACAGGGGGCGUGAAGCCAGUGCUAGGUGCGCUCGUGAGAUUGGAACCGGUGCUCGGUAGUGUAGUUCCAUCGGUUGAUACACCAGUGGGCAGGCUAGAGGAAUUCGAGGUCGGGGAGUACGAACUCAACGAUGUUGUCACAGAAGCACCUGUACCGGAGGGCGGUGGUAACGUUCCGGAUAGUGGUGAGCUCGAACUUGAAUUUGCUGUCAGGAAUGGCGGAGAGCUAGAGCCCGAUGGCAAGGUGCUACUGGCUGAAAUUGGGAAAGGAGCUGAUAUCCCGGACAAGCUCGAUGAAGAGUUCGGGAGACCUGAACCACCAGAUGCCGAGGAAGACAUUGCCGCAGGCGUAGGAGUAUAA